UAUCCGAGUACUAGGCCUGGGUGGAGUAGGGAAGGAGCUAGGGCCGAACUGCCUAGGCCUAGACCCACCACUACUAAUUUGGUCUAGGCCUAGGCUAGCUGGGCUGGUGUCUACUUUCCCUAGCCUAGCUAGGUUAGGCUAGCCCUAGGCCUAGUUAUCUCCCUACCAAUAAACCAAGCUUAACCGGCCUAGGCCGAGACACGAAGUCUAGCCUAGCCUAGUAGUAUUAUAUAGGCCCAAGGCUAGGCUGCCUAUAGGUGGCAUAGUUCCAUUAAAAUCAAGAAAAUUAGGAAAAUUAAGUGGAUUGGAAGAUUGAAUGAUUGGUAGGGGGCUAGGCGGCUGGGGCCUGAUAAAGGCCUACUGUCUACUGGAAAUUAAAGAAGACGGUUCAAAAUGUCAAACUGGCAAAACUUUUUUCCUCGCAAUGAUGACGAAGAUGAAGAUGAUCAGACUGAAUUCGACCAGACUUUUGCAACUAAGGAUGGUGUCAUUUUUCUGAUUGACACCAAUCAAACUAUGUUUCAAAAAUCUGAUGACGAUGGGAGUCAUUUUGAUCUAUGUGUCAAGUGCGCUCGCAGUGUUAUGGGAAACAAGAUAAUAAGCAGUGAUAAGGACUUGGUAGGAGUUGUCUUCUUUGGCACCGACAAAAACAAGAACAAGAAUGAUUUCCGGCACAUUUACGUUUUGCAGGACCUUGAACAGCCAAGUGCAGGAAAGAUUUUGGAACUGGAAUCACACUUAGAAAAUAAUAAUAAUGAUUUUAAGGCAAAAUAUGGCCACAGCUCAUCGUUCUCUCUCAGCGAUGCUCUGUGGUGUUGUUCAAAUAUGUUUUCACAAUGUUCACAAAAACUGGGGCACAAGCGUAUAUUAUUGUUCACUAAUAAUGACAGUCCACAUGCAGAUAAUAUAGCACUUCAAAGACAAGCGAAGGCAAAAGCAAGUGACUUGAAUUCCAAUGGCAUUGAUAUUGAGUUGUUACACUUGCGUCUGCCUGGCCACAACUUUGAUGUUUCCAGAUUUUACCAGGAUAUUAUAUUUGCUCCAGAUGAUGAGGAAUUGAGUGUCAUGCCAGAUGCCUCGGAUAAAUUUGAUGAGCUGUUGACACGUGUUCGGACCAAAGAUCAUAAGAAACGCUCUCAAGGAAAAUUGAACUUCUCUCUCGGCAGUGAUUUUGAUCUAGCUGUAAAUGUAUACACUUUAACAAGCAAGACAAGUAAGCCAUAUUCUGUAAAUCUUUACAAGAGGACAAAUGAAGAAGUACGGAAAAAAAGCACCUAUUUCUGUGAGGAAACUGGUGAACAACUUAUGCCAAGUGAUAUUAAAAAGUUCCAAACUUUUGGAGGAAGGAAAAUUGCCUUUGAAAAAGAUGAAUUAAAGGAGAUGAAGAAAUUUGGUGACCCUGGUUUGGUGUUGCUUGGUUUCAAGCCUAAAUCAUAUGUUAAGAAUCAUUUCCAUUUUAAGAGCUCCCAGUUCUUGUUUCCUGAUGAAAGCAGAAUCAAAGGCAGUACAACAGCCUUUUCGGCUCUGUUACAAAAGUGCAUUGACCGGGAUGUUGUACCAAUAUGUCAGUACAUUUCACGACAAAAUACACCACCUCGAUGUGUUGCACUUGUAGGACAGAAAGAGGAAUUGGAUGACCAAAAUAUGCAAGUACAGCCCUCUGGAUUUCAUCUCAUUUUCCUCCCUUACUCUGAUGAUAUGAGAAAACUCAAUCUUCAAAAAAUGCCAAAAGCAACUCCAGAACAAGUAGACAAAGCAAAGGAAAUAAUUAAAAAACUUCAAUUCAAGUAUAAUCCCAGCUCGUUUGAAAACCCAGCUUUACAGACAUUCUGGCGCAAUCUGGAGGUCCUUGCAUUAGAUAAGGAUAUGCCAGAAGAGUUCACUGAUUUUACAGCCCCAGAUGUAGACAGAAUCAAUUCAAGAGCCGGGAAAUUGAUCAACGAAUUUAAAGAGAUGGUUUACCCUGAUGGAUACACACCAGGACAAAAAGCAGCUCCCAAACGAAAGCCUGUUGGUGAUGCUGGUGCCAAUAAAAGAUGCAAAACAGAUGAGACAACUGAAAUAGAUGUUGGGCAGAUGGCAAAAGAAGGCAAGCUGGCGAAGUUGACUGUCGCUGACCUCAGGUCAUUCUGCCAAGCCAAAAAAUUGCAGACAUCUGGAAAGAAAAGUGAACUUGUUGAGAGAGUAAAAAAAUUUUGUGGCGAAUAAGUUAUCUAGAUUGCUAAGUAUUACCGCCAACUCGCCAAAGAAUGUAAAGUUGCUAACAACUGUUUCUAAUACUAUUUUUAACUGAUGCAUUAAUCUUUAAGGAAAGUUCUGUAAAAAUCCACCUACUCAUUUAUUGUUGAUAGUAAUUUUAUGAAAAUUCCAACGAAAAAGUUGCCAAUUAAAUGGAGAAGUACUAAAUUUAAUGGCUAUGUUAUUUGGCAUUCAUAUCAGGUAAAACUCUUAUUUUAUUUGCUUGAUGUUAAGUUUCAAAGAACUCAUUAAUAAAUAUGAGUUGUUUAUGGAAAAAAUACCAAAAUGAAGAGAUGGUCCAACUCACACUUUAUAGGAAAAUGAGCAUUUAAGUUGAGUAAUGUGAUUUUAGACCCAAUUUGCAAUGAUCAGUUUCUCCACUAAUGAGAAAGUCUCACCAAUAAGGUUAGAAUUAACCAUAAUUUUUUUCUUUAACUCUGAAAUGCCUCUUUUGGAAUGUGUCUACCAAAGUAGAAAAUGGUCCAUUUGUAGUGGAUAAUUUAAGUUUUUGUUUUUUAUUUCUAUACAUCAUCAUAUUAGUAUGUGUGAAAAUUUAUGUUCCUGCUAUCGUGGUGCAUGUGUUCCACAAUAAUGUUUUAUUGAAGAGGAAACAAGACGUUUCAUCAAAAGAUUAUCUGGACACUGUAAAAUUAUUAUUAUAUUUUACUGAAUAGACCUACUACUAGCUAUAAUAUUUCUGCAUUUUAAUGCUUACUCAUUAUAACGUUAGAUGAGAUUUUGUAUAUAUAUUAGUGAACCAUUUUUAGAUAUAAUAUAAAGUGCUUUAAAAUUUCCAGCAAUUGUGGAAGUGCUUUUACUGUAUGGCGUUAAAGCAUAUACUUUGUGUUUCUUCAUGGCAAAUAACUAAAUAGAACACACAGUAUAUUUGAUACAAGUAUAGAUUUAUUAUGAUUUUUGACAAUGAGGAAAGGAAAUGUUUUCACUAAAGAUUUUGAAUAAACAUUCUAUUAAACUGUUUCUAGGCAAA